UAUGCCAGAAUUAAAUAAACUAAAUCUGAACUCUCGGCUCGGCUAGGUACAAUUACAGCCAUGAUUAGUCAGAUCAUGAAUUUAGAACCGCAAACCUAAAACAAUUGCAGAGAUAGACUGUAAAUGGAAAGGCUAAAACUUGAUACGAAAUUAUUUUCUACGGUCGCCAGCAUAUGGAUCCAGUGCACCAGCGGUUCACUCUACACUUUCUCAGUUUAUUCCCCUGCUCUCAAAUCUACUCAAAAUUACGAUCAAUCAACUCUUGAAACCGUCUCUGUUUUCAAAGACAUCGGUGCUAAUUGCGGUGUUCUCUCCGGCGUUCUUUAUACUAAAGCUACAACCCGUCACCACCGCCGCCGCGGCCGUUACGAAUCCGCUAGUGGGCCAUGGCUCGUUCUCCUGGUGGGUGCCAUUCAAUGCUUCAUUGGGUACUUUUUAAUGUGGGCUGCUGUUGCUGGGUUGAUUCCACGACCGCCGGUUGUCGCUAUGUGUUUAUUUAUGUUUGUGGCAGCGCAUGCACAGAGUUUCUUUAAUACUGCUGAUGUUGUUACUUCUGUUAAGAAUUUCCCUAGCUAUAGUGGAACUGCUGUUGGCAUCAUGAAGGGAUUUCUGGGUUUGAGUGGAGCGAUAUUAAUUCAAGUAUAUCAAACAAUGUUCAACAAUAAGCCCACUUUGUAUCUUCUGAUGCUGUCACUUCUGUCCAGUAUCAAUCCGGUGAUACUAAUGUGGUUUGUGAGAAUUUAUACUGUAAGUGAAGGAGAUGAGAAGAAGUACCUUGAUAGUUUCUCAGUGAUUGCAUUGUUUCUGGCUGCUUAUCUUAUGAUCAUUAUAAUUCUAGAACAUGUGUUUAGCUUCCAAUUUACAGUUCGUAUCAUUGCGUUUGUCCUGCUCAUGAUGUUACUUAUGUCUCCUCUUUUCGUUGCAAUUAAAGUGCCGGAGAAGGAGUCUGAUAUUGUUUCUGAGAGGAAUCAAUUGGUGGACGAGUCUAAGAGAGAUGAUCCUGCUGGGUAUAUAAGUUUGCCUAGUAAUCCUGAACAUGACAAUGGUGUAUAUGAGAAGAAUCUCUUUCAAGCUGCUCGUACGGUGGAUUUCUGGAUUUUGUUUCUUGCCAUGGCUUGUGGUAUGGGUUCAGGACUUGCCACAGUAAAUAAUAUGAGCCAAGUAGGAGAAUCUCUUGGUUAUGCAAGUUUGGAGACUAAUACCUUAGUUUCUCUGUGGAGCAUUUGGAAUUUUCUUGGCCGAUUUGGAGCUGGGUAUAUAUCAGAUUAUUUCUUGCACAGUAGAGGAUGGGCAAGGCCACUUUUCAUGGCUAUCACUCUUGCAGGCAUGACCAUUGGCCAUGUGGUGAUUGCUUCUGGUUUGCCAGGUGCUCUCUAUGCUGGUUCACUUUUGGUGGGUGUUUGUUAUGGUUCGCAGUGGUCGUUGAUGCCCACAAUUUCUUCUGAGAUAUUUGGCGUAGGACAUAUGGGCACCAUAUUCAAUGCCAUUACCAUUGCUAGUCCUGUUGGUUCAUACAUAUUUUCUGUAAGAGUGGUUGGGUAUAUAUAUGACAAGGAAGCAUCAGGGGAAGGGACCGCAUGUGUUGGAACUCAUUGUUUCAUGUCAUCUUUUCUGGUUAUGGCAUCUGCAACAUUUUUGGGUUCUCUAGCUGCUUUAGCCUUGUCCCUGCGGACAAAAACUUUUUAUAAUCGGGUGAUACUUGGAAGAUUAUUACAUUCUGUAAGAGAAUAAAAAUACCAGUAUAAGUUUAUAAGAAACUCUUUAACAUUAAUUAGGACGCUGUUUUACUUUUGUCAUAACAGUACCUAAACAGCUAAGGGAGACUGCUAAUCUGCAUAUCCUUACAAUUAGGCAAGUAGCUGCUGAGGGAAAUGUUGCUACGCAUGCUGUGAUUGUGUUGAGUAAUAAUUUUUGGUAGAAAGCAACAUGAGUAAUUGCGUAGCUCGCUGCAUCUGUUGUGUAGUUCUGGGUCGGGUCCUCUCAUAUUGAGUUGUUACUUUAUGAAUCACACUGGCAAAUUAAAAGCCUCAUCUUUGUAAAGCUUUAAAUAAAUGAAGGUUACUCUUUAAUA